UAAUUUUCUUCAAAACAAAUAUAUAAAAGUAUUGGAUUUUGAAGGAAUGCUUCAGGAGAAUAUUUUACUCCAAUUGAAUCACAGGACUUCAUUGGUUCGAAGGAAAUAAGAUGGAUUUCCCAUGCAUAUGUGAUUCCUUUGAUAUUGUACUCAAGCCUGGAAAUAUUCUAGACUUAGGAUUCCUAGCACAAUAUGGUUUUGCUCGCAGCUUAAUCCAUAAUAUUUGUUCAGGAAAAAACACAGUAAUAAUGGUUUCUGGAGCAUUAGCUUUUAUGCACAUAUGUCCCAAAUGGUCGAAAAGAAAAACUGAAAAAGUGUUUUACAUACAACACCCACUGAAAUCCAGUCAUUUGUUUGAGAACUUUUUCUCCAAGGAAUAUCCAAAUUACUCAUUAGAAUGCAUCAACCAAAAAGAUUCUCCUCCACUGGAUUCAUUAGUGCUAGUUGUUUGUUACGCUUCCUCUCGAUUAAAGGACGAAGUUGAUACGGCAUUAGAAAACAUUUCUUAUGAAGGAAAAAUUAUGCUGAUAAUAAUACAUUCAUGUGAACCGACUCAAAGGCCAACAAAAAUUCUGGACAGUUGCAAGGACAAAAGAGUGAAAUCCUUCACAACUCUGUUGAUAUGGAACGGUGUGUUCUAUCCAUGUUUGAGAAACAAAGAAGCUGUGAAGGUUAUUAACUCUUAUCUAAAAGAAAAAUAAACAUACUAAUGUGAACA